GGGAUUAAAAGGUCGUGAUCACUACUGGGCCAGCCUAGUGUAUUUAUUUUAAUAUACAAUAUAUAUCGGUUCCAUAAGGUCCAAGUCGGUUCCUUGAUAUAAAGAAUCGGAACCGACCCGAACCCGAUUUGAUAUGCAAAACAAGAACCAAACUAAAUACCUAAAUGUUAGGGUCGGGUCGGUUUCGAUUUAUUUUAUGGUCGGCUAUCGGUUCUUUUCGGUCCGGAUCCAAAAAUGCUCACCCCUAAUAAUGUUUGACAGUGGAUUGGAUCUGAAUCCUCUGGUGUGGUGACCAAAAUCCACCAACUGACCCACCCAUGACGCAUCUAUCCAUUUAUCGUUUCAUAAACCCUAAUCUAAUUUCUGAUUCCGUUUUCCUGUUCAUCUCCAACAAAUCAUCUGAGAUCAAAGCUUAACCACAUAACAUAAAACUCUGUUUCGAUCUCACGAAAACCCCUCGAAAUCAAGCAUAAAAACCUCUGGAUCCAUUUCGAUUCACACCAGAUCCAACCAGCUCCGCAAUCUUGCACCGUUCAACCGGAGUUCGACAUAACUGCUCGGUCCAGAAACUAGUUCUCUCAAGCACCGGACGAAUUUCCUGGAAAUGAUUGUUACAAUCUCACAUUAACAAAAACCGAAAGAAAGAAAAAAACAGUUCAUGAAAAACUGCUUUAAUGGCUACACGACACGUUGCACAAGCAGGACGUCCGCUAAUGAAUAUCGUUAGAAUGAAGGGGGUGCCCAUCCUACAGCAGUUGGAGAUUGAAGAAUGCCUUUUGCGGACCUCAUCAGACAAUUGGUGCAUCAUAAAUGACGGGGCAGAUAGACCCAACAUCGUCAUGGGCAUUUCUGGGAAACCUGCUGAACUUGUUGAAAUUAAACCUGUUCUAGAAGAUAAUAUUCCCGUCAUACGAAGGUUUACUGGUGGCGGGACCGUAAUAGUUGAUCAUGGGACAAUAUUUGUUUCAUUCAUAUGUAACAAGGAUGAUGUUGCCGAUGUACAACCGUAUCCUCGACCCAUCAUGUCUUGGAGCAGCCUAUUAUACAGUCAGGUUUUCGAAGGAAUUGCUGAUUUCAGGCUUCGUGAGAAUGACUAUGUGUUUGGCCUUCGCAAGUUUGGUGGGAACGCACAAUCGAUUACUAAAAAUCGGUGGAUUCAUCAUACAUCUUUUUUGUGGGAUUAUGAGACUCGUAACAUGUCCUACCUCAAGCUUCCUAAACGGGCUCCUGAAUAUCGACUGGCUAGGGAUCAUCUUGAUUUCGUUUGCCCUAUGAAGGACUACAUUUCAAGGUCAGAUUUCAUUAGUAGAACCAUUGGUGCAGCAGGAAGACUAUUUUCAGUCGAGUCAACUGAGUUUGAAGCGGUCAAAUCUUCAUCAAAUGUGAAUUUUACUCCCACCUCGAGAUUACUAACUAACCAGGAAUUAGAGGCUGCCAAUAUGAUCGCCAUAUGAUUCUUUUUUGUCAAUUUUUUUAAGCCACGAGUCGUGGAUUUGCAGAUUAUUAUUUAUCAUUCAUUGAUCAUCUGAUCUUCAUGAUAUCUUAUUGGUUGGGUUUCUUGUCAUCAACUCUAAAUCUUUAUAAACAUUUGUGCAAUACAUGGUUGAGAUUAGGCA